UUAUAGAACAAUAGAAACCACUUUUUAAAUCGGCUUAUGUGAAUUAGUUUUCAAAUCACGUUUUAUUGUUAAUUCUGACUUUUAUCAUUGCUACGCCAGAUGUUUUCCAAUUGAAGACGUGCUGUCGAAGGAGGUGAAGAACACAGGGGGGUCGCAGGAGGAAUGGAGGGAUUUCACUGCGAAAAACGUCAUUUUGUGGGGUUUUACUAAAGCCGAAUUAACAAAGGGUGUUAACAACAGGAGAUACAGUUGACUCAUUUUUGGUGAGUCACGUGUAUAAACGAGAAAAGCCAGGGCGAGUUUAAAUCUCCGCAUCUCCCAACGCGGUGUGGUCACGGGGACGAGCUAGCCUCGCACACUCGUCUCAUCUUUCCCAGCCCCUUUGUUCCGUCUCGCCGGUGGGUUGAGUCAGGGAGGGAGGCUGAGCCACAGCCCCCGCAGAGCCCCAGCACCGCGGGGAGAGCACGCCACCAGCCGCAGGAGGACCGGAUCUCACCGUUUCGCCUCGUUUCAGUCCGAGUUCGCGGCUUUUAACCGGAGCCCGGUUGGAGGAAAGUUGGUUUUAAGUCCUGCUGAUGCUGCGUUUGUGUGCGUGGAAGCGAGCGGAGCAGCGGAGAGCCGGGGCUGGGCCACUCUGAGCACCGCCACACGUCGGCCACCCUCGCCCCCUGUCCGCCCCUCUCUCCUCCCGGGGAACCGAACCGGCGGCCGUGACCGCUCCGAGCGUCGCUGGCCCGGCUGCGGCUGCUCCCCAUCACCCGCCGGAGCUCCACGCCGGCGCUGCCCCUCGGGGCUCUCCGCAUCAGCAUCCAUAUUUGCAGCCCAGGGAGUGGCAGCCUCCUCCUCAUCCCGGGGACGAACUCCAAGUUGCAGCUUCGAAUUUCAAACCCCCCGCAGCCAAACAUGGAGCGCGACAGCCACCACUCCCACGUCUAGUGCCUGAUCCACAAGCCUUCAUCGCCCAGGGAGGAGCUCUCAGGUCCCGGGCCUUCUCCCCGCCACAGAAUGAACAUGCUCAAGUCCACCGGACUGAAAAUCCCUGGCCGCGGGCCCAAGCAUUCCAGCCCAGUGGGGAGGACCUCAGCGGGUGCAGCCUCCAGCCCCGUCGUCCCUAAAGACAACACUCCACUGAAGCCGACCACGCCGACGAGAAUCUCUGAGGAGGGCGACGAUGUGUUGGGGGACUACACGAUGGGCGAGCAGGUCUGGGUCAACGGUGUCAAACUAGGAGUUAUCGCCUACCUCGGGGAGACCCAGUUCGCCCCAGGACAGUGGGCAGGCGUAAUACUCAAUGACCUAGUUGGCAAAAACGAUGGUUCAGUGGGUGGCGUGCGCUACUUUGAGUGCCAGGCCCUCCAGGGCAUCUUCACGCGACCCUCCAAGCUCACACGACAGCCGGUCGGAGAGGGGAGCGACAGCCACUCCACUGACUCACAGUCUGCCCAGAACCAGACUCAGCAGGGCGGCGGUGGAGCCCCCGCUGGCCAGCGGGUGGUAGUGACACUCAGAGAGGGCCUGCUCAACAGCACCGUGAGAACGGGCAACGAGUCGGGGUCCAACAUGUCCGACAGCGGCUCCGUGAAGAAAGGCGGAGACAAGGACCUUCGGGUUGGAGAUCGAGUUCUGGUCGGAGGAUCAAAGAUGGGGGUCAUACGCUACAUGGGAGAGACUGACUUCGCCAAGGGGGAGUGGUGCGGGGUGGAGCUGGACGAGCCCCUGGGGAAGAAUGAUGGGGCAGUAGCUGGUACAAGAUACUUCCAGUGUCUUCAAAAGUUCGGCCUCUUUGCUCCGAUCCACAAGGUGAUCCGCAUCGGCUUCCCCUCCACCAGCCCGGCCAAGGCCAAGAAGAGCAAGCGUAUGGCCAUGGGCGUUUCGUCUCUGGUCCACAGCCCCAGCAGCUCCUCCAUCAGCUCAGUCAGCUCGGUGGCCUCCUCCGUGGGCGGACGGCCGAGCCGCGCCGGACUGUUGACGGAGACGUCGUCCCGCUACGCCCGGAAGAUCUCCGGCACCACGGCGCUGCAGGAGGCUCUGAAGGAGAAGCAGCAGCACAUCGAGCAGCUGCUGGCCGAGAGGGACCUGGAGCGAGGCGAGGUGGCCAAGGCCACGAGCCACAUCUGUGAGGUGGAGAAGGAGCUGACCGUCCUCAAGACGCAACACGUGCAGUAUGUAACAGACAAUGAGAGCACCGCCCAGCAGGUCAAAGCCUUAUUGGCCAGCACGCAGAAAGAUAAGCUGGAACUGUCCAAUCAGCUUGAAGAAGAGAAAAGGAAAGUUGAGGACCUGCAGUUCAGAGUCGAGGAGGAGUCCAUCACCAAAGGAGACCUGGAGACACAGACGAAAAUGGAACAUGCCCAUAUUCGUCGGCUUGAGCAGAGUCUGUAUCUCGAAAAGUCGAGAGCAGAGGCGCUUCACAAAGACUUAGAGAGGAGGAGGGUUCUCCCGCUGUGCAGUGACGGAUGUUCCUCUCUUUGUCAUCAGCAAACCACCGUGGAGGAGCAGAGUCGCAUCAUGCAGCUGGAGGAGGAGCUCACCCUCAGGAGAGCGGACAUCAAGAACCUCCAGGCCCAACUGGGAGGGGGGUGCGACUCCAGCUCGCAGCAGCCCGGCGACGGCGACGCCACCGCCGGCUCCGACGCCCAGCCUGAGACCGCCCUCCUGCGCCAGCAGCUGCUGUCGGCCGGCCGCGAGCACCACAAGGAGAGCAGCGAGCUGAAGGAGAAGUAUCAGACGGAGUUAGCAGCCAGCCAGCAGGAGGUGGACUCCCUGAAGACGGUGGUGCAGAAACACAUCCAGGAGAUUAGUGAGCUGAAGCAGAAAGUCCAACUGGCCAACAAGGAGAACGUGGACAUGAUGGACACCUGGAAGACCAAAUUUGACUCUCUAGUGAGCGACCACCAUCGAUCUGUGGACGAGCUGAAGGCCUCGCUGAGCAGCAGCCACGACGGUCCCGAAGGUCAAGAGCAGGACGCCCAGGAGCUGCGAGCCGUCCUGGAGAGCCUGAAGAUGGAGCACCAGCUGGAGACGGAGAAUCUCAAGGCCAAGCACAAGAUCGAAGCUGCGAUCCUGACCAAGGAACGCGAGGACCUCUGCACUCGUCUGCAGGAGGCCAAGGAGCAGCUGGCGGAGGGCAGCCACACGUGGAGGGCGGAGGCGGAGGCUAAAAGCGGGAAGCAGGCGGUGGAGGAGGCGACCGACAAGCUCGUGAAAGCGGAGCAGAGGCUGGCGGAGAUGGAGACGCUUCAGAAGGAGCAGGGCAGGAGCACGGAGGAGCUGAGAGGGAGACUGGAGCUGUCGGAGAAGAAGAUGACGGAUUAUCAGGCUCUGCAGAAAGCUCAGGCCGAGAGCCAGGUGGAGAUCCAGAAGCUGGAGGAGAACCUGAGGGUGACGGCGAACCAGCUCCAGGCCAUCCAGGCCGACCGCUACACCCCCCGUGACGCUAACGUGAUAGAAGAUAAUGAAAUCUCAGAUGAGAAGAUGAAGCUGAAGCAGAAUAUCGAAGAAACAAUGGAGAAGUUGUCUAAAAGGGAAAAAGAAGUCACUACUCUCACUUCCCAGGUCGAAGGCCUCAAGUCGCAGAUGGGAGCGCUGGAGGGAAAAGUUCGGACGGGGGAGAAGAAGCUCGACGCCCUGGCGAGGGAGAAGAUCCGCGUGGAGGCCGAGCUGGAGUCCAUCACCAAGAAGUCCCAUGAUGCCUCUGGGCAGCUGGUCAGCAUCAGCCAGGACCUGCUGAAGAAAGAGAGGAGCCUGAAUGAGCUGAGGGUGCUGCUCCUGGAGUCGCACCGCCACUCGCGGGACAUGGAGAAGGACCUGAACCGAGAUCUGCACAAGGCCGAGUGGAAGGUGAAGGAGCAGAAACUCCAGGACGACAUCGGGACGCUGCGAGAAAAACUCCUCCUGCUGAGUCGGGAACGAGCUUCACCCGACCACCGGCGCUACUCCAUGCUGGACCCCUCGGUUCUGGACUCGGAGGUGAACCGUCUGCGCCAGCGGCUGCUCGGCACCGAGGACGCCCUGAGGAACGCCAUGGACCACAACCAGCAGGUGGACCAGCUGGUGCAGGCCAUGCGCAGGCAUCCGGACAAAAGCCCGGCACAUGGCGCCAAUUCAGCCAACGGGAUUCAUCAUCACGAGUCAGGCAGCACUCGAGAUGUUGGAUCAACACUGAUCCAAGCAGCAGAGACGAAGCUGAACUGAGACGUGCGGAGGUUCGUCCGAAAAAAAAAAGGAAAAGUCGUCCAACAUUUUCUCUCCUGAUCCCCGCGACGGACGCCUGAGCAACAUUUCAGUUGACAGUUACAAACCAAAACAGCAAAUCUCUAUCUCCAGUGAAUUUAUGUGUCGUUGCAGAAAGCACCUAUUAGCCAAUCCAGAAGGCCGCUUAAAGUUCUAUACAAUAUAACCAGGAAACGGACGAGACGAGGACGUGGAGAGAUAUUCCGCCAUUCGGCAACUUCUGAUGAUUUACAGUUAGAAAGUUUUAAAUCCACAAGUUGCCAGGGACAUUUGACAAUUCAGAAAACAAGACGGCUGACGGACAACGAUGUGAGGACUUGGGUCUCAGUUGCUUUGUUUGUUUUAUUUAUUUUGCGUUUUUGCUCCUCGGCUCUGUAAUAAUCAUCCGUACUGUGGGCGAGCCGCCUCGGCCGCUGACGCCGACUCCAUAUCUGACGAGAGGACUGGAAGCAAAGUCUGUUCCAGCGUCCACUCUCCUGUUUUAGUGCUAAUAUGAAGGUGACCUGUAUUAUUGGAAGUAUUAAAAACUAAAACUUCACCCGAAUGUUUUUAAAUCUAAGAGACAAACAAGGCAGUUUUGGAAAAAUUGGCUUUAAAGCAACUUUUAUUUCAUCCUUGGUUGUGAUGAGUUUGAAUCUCCGACUGUAAAUAAAGACGGACGACGUGACGGCUCCCCGCAGCCGACUUGACUUUUUUUUUUGUGUUGUCCAUGUCCCAUUUGUUAACGUGGAGGAGGUGGGGUGUAUGACCUAUACUGCAGCCAGCAGGGGGCGAUCAUGAGGAUCUGGCUUCACUUUGAGGGAGCUGUCAUGUCGUCCAUCUUUGUUUUGAUGAUGAUCCAGCUUUAAGAUCUUUGUACACCAAGCCCGUACGUUUUGUCUUUUAAUCCGCCAGCCAAUAAAAAUCCUCACGCACAGAAACCUUGAA